AUGGAUAUCGAGUUUGUUGACGGUGUUCCUGGCAACACUGUCUCCAACAAGGCGAUUCCGAAGACAACCGAGCAUGAUCGCCUAAACGAUGGCGCCAUAGGAUGCUGGCGCGGACAUAUGAAUGCGCUUGGGGAAAUCGUUCGUCGAAACCUAUCUUCAGCCCUGAUCCUUGAGGAUGACGUCGACUGGGACAUCAGGCUUAGGUCGCAGCUUCACGACUUCGCCCUCUCAACUCAAGCACUUUCUCAGCCUCUCAUCAAUGCACCCUUACCUGGUGGGGUCUCCAACCUUGAAACAGUACUAGACAUCCCGCUUGACAACCUUCCUUCUACUGUUGCGCCGACUUUCUCGCCUUAUGGCGACGACUGGGACCUCCUGUGGAUCGGCCACUGCGGCAUGCAUUUCCCCUUCCUCGAUAGGAAGGGUGUGCCCAAGGCUCGCGUUAUUCAUUAUAACGACGUUACUGUCGCCCCGAAAAAGAAUCUAUGGACUUUCAACAUUCCCUUUACUCUAAAGGAGCAGUAUCCUGAGCACACCCGCGCCGUCCAUCGUGUCCAAGAGGGUGUUUGUACGCUGGGUUACGCCGUGAGUCAGAAGGGGGCUAGAAAGCUACUACAAGAGGUUGCACUGAAGGAUGUCAGUGAUGCUGUUGACAUCCUCUUGAGGUUCUUUUGCGAGGGUGGUAAGGGACGGAAACCACAUAACUGUCUGACGUCGCAGCCUGCCCUCUUCCACCACCAUCGGGCAGCUGGUCCCAUGAGUUCCAUGAGCGACAUUGGUACCCAUGAUGGUUUUAGAGAUACGAGUAUGACCGAUAUGGUAAGGUGGAGUGUAAGACUGAACGCAGAUGCACUAUUGGAGGGGGGGACAGAAUUCGUUGAUCAAUACCCCGAUGAUGUUUGA